AGCUACUCUUGUUAUAACUGCUUGGCAAAUAUGCAAGACGCAUAUGUAAAACGAUAUCAACAUAAUGUUUCGUGAUUCGCAGUACAGCCAUAAAACAAAUCUUUAAAGGCUGCACUGGAGCGUGGGUGCGUCCGAGGCGAGGUCGCAGCUUGAAUGACUUGAGGGAGGGACCGUCUCUGCUUCGACUGCUCCAAAUCAACCUCUGCGAAAACAGUUCAGUUAAAGAUUUUUAAAGCCAGCUUAUUUCAGGUGGGGGAUGGGUGAACGCAGGGUCAGGGCGAUUUAGGGGCCCUCACGGCAGCAGGAUACGCUCAGUCGAGCCGGGAAACGAGCCAAAAUCCACAUCCAGGAAAAGCGGCAAGCGCAAGGGGAGAAAGGAACGGAGGAUUGGGGCGGGGCCAGCUGCUGAGCGGUCGUCCUAUUGGUAGACUGCGGGCGGUUCUCUCUGUGGAUAGAGUCAGCGUGGAUCGAGUUACACCGUUUGCUGUGCAGCAGUUUUGUUUUUCUCUGUGAACAGUACACAGCGCAGCUCCAAAGUUAGAAGUUGCCCAUUUGUUUUUGUUGCAAUAUUCGAGGAUACAGAAUACCGAUUCAGAUGAGGUGAGUGGCGCCUUCGGAAAGCUACUUUCAGGCAAUUCUAUAUAUGAACUAGUGGGCUUUCGGGAAAGAAGACGAGGGCAAGAGAUUUGCAAGUACUGGGAUCAUAACGAAGUGUGUUGUAGGCAGGCAGAGCAGAACGAAGCGCAUCCAACUCGCUAGUAUGUGAAGUACAAAAAUAGUACUCGAGAAGCUAUUUUUAAUCAGACAGCCGCUGCAUUCACAGACCAUCUCCAUACGUCCGAUCUGUGGUUCUGGUCUUUCAGGAGGAGAUUUAAACGGUUCUUUUUGGUUUUUAACUUUUGUCGCACACGUUUAGGCUACAGCUGCCCUUGCGUUUGGGCUCACUUCUCUUGUUUGUUUUUCCCCCUCUGGUUAUUAAAGUUACUGUCGGGAAGGGGGUCGGGGUUAAGGAAAGGGGGAAGGGGCGGCAGUGGUGCCAUUUGAUCGGUCUUUGAAGAUCAGAAAGCUUAAAGUCGGGCCUAAGGACGGAUAGAUUGACGAGUCAGUGGGAAAAUACGUCCUUAUUGCCAUCGGAAUUAAUUUUCGCAGUCCACAACCUGACAGAAAGGAGGCUGGAUAUUCCGGACGAGGGAUGCGUUUGGGAUAUUUACACAUUUUUAUUGUGGAUUAUACCGCUGAGUGGAACUGUGGAAUCUAAGGAGCUGGAAUUUGUUUUCAUAAAUGUUUGAAAGCCACAAGGUAACACCCACACAUUUCUGAAACAGGAAGUGAGCGCUUUCUGUGCCGACCAUGGCCCCGCGGGGACACCUGCUCCUGGGCUGCCUGCUGCUCGCCACCGCGCACCUGUGCGCCCGCGCAGUCAGCUUUCCGGAAGACUCCGCCGCCCUCGACUCCGUAGACUACCACUACUCCCGUCGGUACCCCGUCUUCAGGGGCCGUCCCUCGGGCAAUGAAUCUCAACACAGACUGGACUUCCAGCUGAUGGCGAAGAUCCAGGACACACUCUUCAUCGCUGGCAGAGACCAGGUCUACUUAGUGAGUCUGCGGGAAUCGUACCGGAACGAAAUCAUCCCGUACAGGAAACUGACAUGGAGGUCUGGCCAACCAGACAGGGAGACCUGUGCCAUGAAAGGCAAACACAGGGAUGAAUGCCAUAAUUUCAUUAAGGUGUUGGCCCCCAGAAACGACGAUCUGGUUUUCAUCUGCGGAACCAACGGAUUUAACCCCAUGUGCAGGUUCUACCGGUUGGACAACCUGGAGUUUGAUGGGGAGGAAAUCAGUGGUUUGGCAAGGUGCCCAUUUGACGCCAAACAGACCAAUGUCGCCCUCUUUGCCGAUGGGAAACUGUACUCUGCUACCGUGGCGGACUUCCUGGCCAGCGACGCCGUCAUUUACCGCAGCAUGGGAGAUGGCUCCGCCCUCAGGACCAUCAAGUACGACUCCAAAUGGCUGAAAGAACCCCACUUUCUGCACGCUGUGAACUACGAAAAUUACGUCUACUUCUUCUUCAGGGAAAUCGCGGCGGAGUACAACAGCCUGGGGAAGGCUGUGUACUCCAGAGUGGCUCGCAUAUGCAAGAACGACGUGGGCGGGUCGCAGAGAGUUCUGGAAAAGCACUGGACCUCGUUCGUAAAGGCCCGGCUGAACUGCUCCGUCCCCGGGGAGUCCUUCUUCUACUUCGACGUGCUGCAGUCCAUCACGGACAUCGUCGACAUCAACGGAGUCCCGACCGUGGUGGGCGUGUUCACCACGCAGCUCAACAGCAUUCCAGGCUCGGCAGUUUGCGCGUUCUCCAUGGCGGACAUCGAAAAGGUCUUCCAUGGCCAGUUUAAGGAGCAGAAAACGGCAGACUCCGUCUGGACGGCUUUUCCCGAGCACAGGCUGCCAAAACCCAGGCCUGGCUGCUGUGCAGGACACGGUCCCGCAGAGGGAUACAAAACCUCCAUCGAGUUCCCCGACGAAACGCUGCUCUUCAUCAAGUCCCACCCCCUGAUGGACGCCGCCGUUCCGUCCGUCAACGACGAGCCCUGGUUCACAAAGACCCGCGUGCGGUACAGGCUGACAGCCGUGGCGGUGGACAACGCCGCCGGCCCUUACCAGAACUACACGGUGGUGUUCAUCGGCUCGGAAGCAGGCAUAGUCCUGAAGGUGCUGGCCAAGACUUCCCAGAAUUCCCUGAACGACAGCGUCUUAUUGGAGGAGAUCGACGUCUUCAACCGUGCCAAGUGCGUCUCAAACAGCGAGGAGGACAGACGCGUCCUGUCGCUGCACCUGGACAGAGAGACGCACGGCCUGUACGUGGCCUUCUCCAGCUGCGUGAUCAGGAUGCCUCUCAGCCGCUGCCAGCGCCACGCCUCCUGCCACAAGUCCUGCAUCGCGUCGCGGGAUCCCUACUGCGGCUGGAUGCCACACAGAUCCUGUGAGAAGAUCCCGCCCGGCCAGCUAACCGGCUACGAACAGGACGUGGAAUACGGCAACACCGCGCGGCUGGGCGACUGUCACGAAUUUUUGGCAGCUACAUCUACGCCAGAUUACAAAUCAUUUGGCGACCCAACGUCUGACAUGGAGUUGUCAUCAUCAGCGUCAGUCACAACAGUGACGCCUGUCCCCGUAGCAACAACCCAAAUCACUACCGCUCAGACAUCUGAACUUAAUGGUUCAAGGGAAUUUGUGCACCGCGACGUCCCCACCAUCACUUCCCAGUCUUUUGGGUCCUUACCUGGCGUGCCUCAGGGUGUGUGGGAGGUGCAGUCGAGUGAAUCCAACCAGAUGGUCCACAUGAACGUCCUGAUCACCUGCGUUUUCGCCGCCUUCCUCCUGGGGGCCAUGAUCGCGGGGAUGGCGGUCUACUGCUACCGGGAUGCCUUCCUACAGAAGCCCAGAAGGAUCCAUAAGGACGGGGAGUCGGCACAGUCCUGCACGGACUCGGCCGGCAGCUUCGCCAAGCUCAACGGGCUCUUCGACAGCCCGGUGAAGGAGUACCAGCAGAACAUGGACUCCCCGAAGCUGUACACCAACCUGCUGAGCACCGGGAAGGACCCGCUGACCGGCGCCGACACCAAGGCCAUGAUGCUGGGCAGCCAGUGCCAGCCGCCGGAGCUGUCUGCCCUCCCCACGCCAGAGUCCACGCCCGUCCUGCAGCAGAAGAGCCUGCAGCCAAUCAGGAACCAGUGGGAGAAGGCCCAGGGCAAGGUGCUGCCGUCCCGCCGGGACUCCCCACCCAAAAGCCCGCAGUACUUCCCCUCCAGCCCGCCCCCGCACUCGCCCGUAGGCCACGCCCACAUCCCCAGCGCCGUGGUGCUCCCCAACGCCACCCACGACUACCGGGCGUCCUUCUCCAGCGGCAGCGACGCGUCGCGGUGCGAGAGGAGGGUGCCGAGCGGCGAGCAGCCUGCCUGCUCCAGGCCCAGCAGGAAGGAUCAGCGGCGAGCCGUGGACACGCGGAACACCCUCAACGACCUGCUGAAGCACCUGACCGACGGCAGCGGCGGAGGGGGCGGGCCCAAGGCCAUCCUUGUGGACGCACCCAGCUCCCCGCGCCAGAACAUGAUGCUGGACCCCAUGCUGGGCAUGGCAGAGGUCCCGCCCAAAGUCCCCAGCAGGGAGGCGUCGCUGUAUUCGCCCUCCUCCUCCCUGCCCAGGAACAGUCCCACAAAGCGGGUGGAUGUUCCCACCAGCCCGACCACGCCCACGGGGCAGACUGACACGCUGGAGCGUCAGAGGGGCUACCAGCGGGCCUCCCAGAGGCACUCCAUAUCCGCCCUCCCCAAAAACAUGAACUCGCCCAAUGGGGUCGGGGUCGCCGUAUCGCGGCAACCCAGUAUGAACAGAGGGGGCUACAUGCCCCCCACGCCCCCCUCCAGACUGGACUCUCACGGGAUGCCCCGGGGGGUCCACCCCCAGCCCUCCCUGUCCCGACAGAGCAGCUACAGCGGGCAGGGCUCCCUGCCCCGCACGGGGGUCAGGAGGACGCCGUCGAUAAAACCCGACGUCCCGCCCAAACCAAACGGGUUCAUUCCACAGACUGCUCAGAUCAGGGUUGUGAACAAGUACAGCUACUGAGAGGGCAAGGGGCGCUCGAUCAAAAUGGACACUGGCCGCUAGCGCCCAAGGGGACACCAGCUCCGAGGACGUGGGGAGUCCCCGGCCCCAGACCCGCAUUUUAGGAGAGUUGGUGGGGUUUGAGUGGAAAUUACAAGUGGCCAAAGAAAGAAAGGCACUGUGGGUACCAUCUUGUUUUUUUUUGUUUAAUUUUCCACUCUUUCAGAAUUUGAGUUGGGAGUUCCCUCCCGCUAGGGAGGCCCCAAGAGGGACAGAAAAAAGCAUGGAGGAGCUGGGCUGCUUGGGCUUCGAAACGAACGGCCGCGUCGCUCCCAGAACAGAGAGAGCGGUCGGCCGAGAAUACUUGAAGAAUGGGUACCUUUUAUUCACUGCCACCGAGUGUCGUCUUCCCAGUAAAUGUGAACAGAGGAAAAAUGUAUGCAUUUCACUCACCAUUUCAAGGAACAAAAAAAUAAUGUAUCAAACCUUCCAGCGGCAAUGAGCCACAUGUUGAAUCGCAAACACAUGGCCCUGAUACCACGAACCAAAACGACGACCAUCAUCUGGCCGACUGUAGCGGAGGCGUUGUGUUUGGGGCAGGAGGUGUGUCCUGUGUGGAACACGGGAAUAGACCAAUAGGAUGCUGGCACAUUGCCUGUCUGCGGGGCAGUCAGCUGAUUAUAAACAGAAACAAAGUUCUUAAGAGUCACUUUCCAAGGUACCUUAAAAACUGUUUAAUGUACCUGGACCUUGGAUUUUCACUAAGUAUGAGCAAUGACCCCCUGGAGUACAGUUUUGUCUCACUGGGAACUUUCCUGAAUGUUAUUUGCUGCUACUGGUAGGGAGGGAAAAAUGAAGAGGUGGUUUUGUGCAUUUAGGACAUUAUGAGUAGCAUUGCGUUUGUGUAGCUCUGGUCGUUUUUCAGGUGAGCGGUACGUUACUGCACAUGUGGUUUUGAGGGAUCUGGUGCUGGCACUGCCCAGACCAGGUGGCAUUGGGCCAUGCUUGUGAUAGCCCCCCUCCCCCAAAAAAAUGUAAGUCUGCAGGCGUGGCAGUGCCAGCCAGGCUUAGAAAUGAGUCCCUGAACCUCGUAUCUGAACUCGUAUCUGUCACUACGCCGUUUGUGUCCUCCGGUCCUUCCUGUUCCUGGAAGCUAAAGGUCCAGCAACAUUCACAGAGAUUUCAGUCUGCCGCAGCGCAAGGCAGAAAAGAAUUUUAAUUUCACCUUCUGUCCUGCAACUUUCAGCCCCUUUCAGAGAGAAUUAAUUGUACAAUUAUUCCAAACAAAAAUGAACCCAUGUGUUUUGAAUGGUCAUGCUGGUAAUGACAGUAUGUUGAGUGCAUAUUAUAAAUAUAUAAAUAUUUUUAGGCAAAUCCGUGCAUCAUGUGCCUUAUUCAGUGAACGAUGGUUAAAAAUAUAUAUAUUGGGAAACUGUCCACUGCUGUUUGAGCAUUUGGGGUGUAGGCCACCCAAAUGGGCAAACCGCGCGUUCCAAAAAGCCGCAGUCGCUGGAACAAAGAGCCAACCUGCUGACCAAACAUUCCGCUGCAGGGCAAACCUGACGUGAACCUUAAAACGAGGACAGCCUCACCUUAACAGCGCGAGGUCUACCGUCCUGGCAGCUUCCUCUCCAUUGCUUUGAAUUACCGAAACACUACAGGCUUCCAUCCUUUACACUCCGCACACUUCCGCCGGGUGCCACUCCGAGAUGCCACACUACCAGCGUGGAGUAACGCGGUCCUGUCCAUUUCAGAGCUGCUGGAGCCAAGCCCAGCCGACUGAACUAACAGCAACUGUCAAUUUUCACAUUCAUAAAUUUAAAAACAGCUCAAUGCCUCAAAACAUAAAACAACAGGAAAAAAAGCCGAUUUAAGUAUCAGUAACUCGAUUCAGUGACACAGCUAAUUUGUUUUUGAAGGGACAGCUGGACGAUGGCAGGUAUUAACGGACAGCAACGAGCAGCGUUUUACGUUCCGUUCUGGCCAGGAAAAAGAAUGCCUUCUGACCUUAGUCAUUUUUCCACACAAGGACUUUUAAACUCUAAAGCGUUUUCACAGCAGCCGCAUUGGAAACAUGUAGUUCUCUCCGAGUCUGCACACAUUGGUGCCGUUCCUCCAUCCCAUUUCAUUGUACAGUUUCACCGAGACGUUGGCUCCCUAACAAGCGAACCCGACGUCAUUCUGUUUACAAGAAAUGUAUGUAUUCAAACAAUUGCCUAUUCAUUAAGUUGGAUGUCUCUACCUGCUACUAGGCUUUUUUUUUUGUUUUGCAAUAACAUGUGAUCUGUCCAUGUGUUUGAAGCUUGGAGGUCUGUAAUGUCAAGCUGCCUUGUAUAUUGCAAUAUGACGUCAAGUCUUUGUGUUGCAGUUUGACUUCCUCAAGCCUUUCCAGUGCGAUUGAACCAGAGUCGGUGACUUUUCUUUUUACAACUACAUGCAAACCGUUGGCUGAAAUGCAGUUGUGUGUUUUACGGGACUAUUUUAACAUGUAGAUAAUGUUGUAAACAUUUACUGUGAAUGUGUAAAUAAUUAUGUUCAUUGUUUUGUUUUUUUAGAGUUUUUUUUUUUGUAAACACAGCAUGUAUAGUUGAAAUAAAACAUUACUGCGCAGAAAA